CGACAUACGUUAUCAUUCAUUAUUGAACUAACUGCGCUGGCGAGAGGAGGAUCUCAACAAAAUUUACAACACAAAAAACAUGUCAUCGGAAGACGUUAAAUACUUUACCCGCGCCGAAGUUGCCAAAAAUAACACCAAAGACAAGAAUUGGUUCAUUAUCCACAACAACGUGUAUGACGUGACCGCUUUUCUCAAUGAGCAUCCUGGUGGCGAAGAAGUUUUGAUCGAACAAGCCGGCAAAGAUGCUACAGAACAUUUCGAAGAUGUUGGCCACAGCUCCGAUGCCCGUGAAAUGAUGAAACAAUACAAAGUUGGUGAAUUGGUUGCCGAAGAACGUUCAAAUGUACCCGAAAAAUCCGAACCCACAUGGAAUACGGAACAAAAGACCGAAGAGUCUUCAAUGAAAUCAUGGUUGAUGCCUUUUGUUUUGGGUUUGGUGGCUACAUUAAUUUACAAAUUUUUCUUUGGUACUAAAUCCCAAUAAUUGUAAAUCACCGCAUAGAGAGACACAAAGAAAAGACAGUCAGAACAAAGCAAGCUAUUACUAUGACUAGAUAAGAACGUGAGAGAUGAUGGAGAACAUCACCACCAGCCACAAAAUAAAAAAACCAGACGCACUUUUUUUAACUAUCUUUUAAAAGAAAAAACCUAAAACACAAAACAUCCAAGGCGUGUGAAAUUAUGUUUUCUUGAUUUAACCAACAAAACACACAGUCACUCACUCAAAAUAUGUAAUGCUGUCAUUCCUUCUUUUUUCCAAAACAAAAAACACAGGAUGUUUGUAAUUCUAUUACAAAAAUUGCAUUUAAGUUUAUACUCCUAAUUCCUUAACUCCUUUUCCGCCCCCACUUUUUUGUAUUCUUAGUUAACCCUUGGUUUCCUUAUUUUAUUUAACAUCCCUUUGUAUACUUUCCACUGGUGUCAAUCGAUCAACCAACCUAUGAGUGCUCUUUACAAAGUGUCUAACAAUUAUUGUAAAUCUGCCUAAAGAAAUAUAAUGCUUUUAUAGUUAAUUUUUUUUUCGUCAUAUACACAUAUAAAACAGUAAGUGGAAGAAAUGUUCUAUAUAAAAUCAUAUGUCAUGUAAAGUAUAUAAUUUUUAUUAAAAUAUUUCCCCCCUUUAGUAUCAUCCAUAGUUUUCUUUAGAACAAAGAAACAAGAAGUAACAAAAUAACAAGUAGGAAUGAUGUAAAAUCUAAACUAAACAAAAAAACAAAACAUUGUUGUAAGGAAAUGGGAAAUUUUUGUUUUUCAAUAUUCAGUUUUUUUACAGUCUAAGAUGAGAAGAAUAAGUAAAUAAAAAUAUAUUUAAAUAAAUUAUAAAACAAA